CUUAUUAAGUUUACUUACUUUAUUCCUUAUAAAGAAUUUAGUACCGUAAAAAACUUAGUAUACGUAUUUAUUAAGAUUAUAUUUUUAAACUACGGUUUACUAAAAGAAAUUAUUUUUAAUAAAAAUAAACUAUUUAUUUUAAAGUUUUAG